CGGCGGAGACCCAAGACAAACCGGAGUGGGCAAAUCUGAUCCGCUGAGUGCGGAGUGAACGGUCAUUCCUCGCAGGGCAGAGACGGAGCACGGGGCGUGGGCUCGAACUGAGUCCGGCGGAGACUGCUACAAAUAUAACACAUUCACAUUUAAUAUAGGCUAUAAAAAGGACACUUGGUUAAAAUGAAUCGUGGAAAGUCGAGUGAUGAGACGCUUAUAGAAAUGGACCGAACUGCUUGGUCCGGCGGCGAAGAAAACAAUGGCUUCCAUGCCAGUUCGGAUAAGGAGACUCUUCGUCUUGAAAAUGCAGAGUCCAUGCUGAGUGUUUUGUCUGAAUGCGCAAGUGCUGUGUCUGUUUGCUCAAGUCAUUCUUCAGUGAUUGUGUGUGAACAGUGUGAGAGAGAACACACUGAACCACAGCAGCACCUCACCAGCUUUAAAGGGAUCUGGAGAAAGAGAGCUUUAUUUCUGAAGUACCGCUCCAGGGUGGAUAAGCAGCAGCAGAGUAAGGACUCUGUGUACUUCAGAGAUGGCGUGCGGAGGAUAGAUUUUGUUCUGUCUUACAUCGACGACAAGGUCGGAGAAAAGAAACAGGAUCGAAGGAAGGAGUUUGAGGCUAACUUAGAGAAAGCUGGACUUGAGCUGGAGACGGAGGACAAAUCUGAGUCUGAAGAUGGGAAGACGUACUUCCUGAAGAUCCACGUUCCCUGGGAAGUGCUGGCAACAUAUGCAGAUGUUCUGAAAAUCAAAGUGCCUUUUAAAACCAACGAUAUUCCAGAUAAAAAAGAUGUGCCCAUGAGCUGGCUCUGUACACCCUACCGUCUGCCCGAGAAUGUGAUGCAGCCUGAGCCCGACUACUUCACCGCCACCUUUGACAAGAGCAAGACUGACUUCUUCCUCAUCGAAGAUAAAGACACCUUCUUUCCUCCAUCCACACGGAACAGGAUUGUCUAUUACAUUCUUUCCCGAUGUCCGUACAGUAAAGAAGACAAGGAGAAGAAGGGCAUCAAGAGGCUGCUGAACAACGGGACCUACGCAGCUGCCUUCCCUCUGCAUGACUCUAGGUACUGGACCAAGUCUCGUGAUGCUAAUUGUGACAGCGAACGCUAUUCCUUGUAUAAACACUGGGCUCGUUUCAGCCGCUUUUACAAGGAGCAGCCGCUCAACCUCAUACGGAAGUACUAUGGAGAGAAGAUCGGCAUCUACUUCGCUUGGCUGGGUUUCUACACAGAGAUGUUGUCCUAUGCCGCAGUUGUUGGCCUGCUCUGUUUCAUCUAUGGUGUGGCCAGCUUCGACGAAAACGUCUGGAGUAAAGAGAUCUGUAAUGAAACCAUUGGUGGGCAGAUUGUCAUGUGUCCUCUCUGUGAUAAGAAAUGUGGCUACUGGAAGCUCAUCACAACCUGUAGCUCCUCAUGGCAAUCGUAUCUGUUUGACAACACAGCGACGGUGUUCUUUGCGAUAUUCAUGGGAAUAUGGGUGACUCUGUUCCUGGAGUUCUGGAAGCGGCGUCAGGCUCGGCUGGAGUACGAGUGGGAUCUGGUGGACCUGGAGGAAGAGCAGCAACAGCUGCAGCUCAGACCCGAAUACGAGACCAAGUGCACCCACCGCCGCCUCAACCGCGUCACACAAGAGAUGGAGCCUUAUUUACCUGUAACAAGCAAGUGUGCUCGUUCAGUACUGUCCGGGGCCACCGUCCUCUUCUGGAUCUCUCUGAUUAUCGCCAGUAUAAUCGGUGUGAUUGCGUACCGUCUGGCGGUGUUUGCAGCGUUUGCCAGCAUCAUGAAGGACAGCCCCACCAAUAAGCUGGAUGUGGUUGGAAGCCUGAUCACGCCGCAGUUGGCCACAUCCGUGACGGCUUCCUGUAUCAACUUCGUCAUCAUCAUGAUUCUGAACUUCCUGUAUGAGCGUGUAGCCAUAAAGAUCACUGAUAUGGAGGUUCCCAAAACGCAUGUGGAGUACGAGAACAAGCUAACGGUGAAGAUGUUCCUCUUCCAGUUUGUCAACUACUAUUCCUCUUGCUUCUACGUCGCCUUUUUCAAGGGCAAAUUUGUGGGCUACCCUGGAGACUAUGCCUACAUGUUCGGCAAGUGGAGAAAUGAAGAGUGCGAGCCAGGCGGCUGUUUGAUCGAGUUAACCACUCAGUUAGUGAUUGUGAUGGUGGGUAAACAGGUGUGGGGGAACAUACAGGAAGCUCUCGUCCCCUGGCUGCGUAACUGGUGUGAGCAGAAGUGCCGGAAUCAUCCGGAGAGUCUGUACAGCCGCUGGGAGCAGGACCAUGACCUGCAGAGCUUCGGUCAGCUCGGCCUCUUCUACGAGUACCUGGAGAUGGUUAUCCAGUUUGGCUUCAUCACCCUGUUCGUGGCCUCUUUCCCGCUGGCUCCUCUGCUGGCUCUGAUGAAUAAUAUCUUGGAAGUGCGAGUGGACGCCUGGAAGUUCACCACUCAGUUCCGCCGGCCCGUGGCAGCAAAAGCGCAUGGCAUCGGCGCAUGGGAUGAGAUCCUCAACAUGAUUGCCGUUUUCUCAGUGGUCACCAAUGCUUUCAUUGUCUCAUUCACAUCUGACAUGAUCCCUCGGCUGGUGUAUAAGUAUGCGUAUCACCCAGGUUCUGAGAGCACGAUGGAAGGAUACAUCAACAACAGCCUUUCAGUCUUCAACAUCUCAGAGUUCCGACCAGAAAACCGUCCAGACGAUGGUGAAAACCCGGAGUGGUUUUAUGGCUCCAACAUCACCACCUGCAGGUACCGUGACUACCGCUACCCUCCAGGACAUGAGAAACAGUACACUCAUACCAUGCAGUUCUGGCACAUUCUCGCUGCCAGAUUAGCCUUUAUCAUCAUUAUGGAGCAUGUGGUGUUUGUGGUGAAGUUCUUUGUGGCGUGGUUGAUCCCAGACGUGCCGUCAGACGUGAAAGCCCGUAUAAAGCGCGAACGCUACCUUAUCCAGGAGUACCUGCACAACUACGAGCUGGAAAAACUCAAAAUCCAGCUCGGCCAGAACGACCCGAACAUCGAGCAGUGCACAUGUCCCGCCACAGUCGCCACGCCAGUGAAGCUGGAGAUGUUAUCAGACUGUCUGACCUAACACAGGCCUGCCUGACCUUUCCUGACCUUGACACUAGCACAUGAAACCAGUCUCAAACCAGUCCUCUCUAUUUCAACACAAAAUCACACACCACUGCUUCCUAAUAUCUCACGGUUUAUGUUUGAUAAUCUUUUCACACCACAUCCUCUGUUUUGGGGUUUUCCUCGACCAUGAUGUUUCCCAGAGCACUCAUUUUCAGUCAUGUGACCUCUGAGAUAUGCCUACAUGAAGGACGUUUGUAUAAUAGAAUAAGAGAUAUGAAGUAUAAUAACGUUUAAAUGUAUUUAGAUCUACCUAAAGCCACAUGAGCUGUAACUCCGUUUCUGUCGAUGCAGAAUGACACUUGCACUCUUCAAGGAUUUUCUCACGCUUUCCAUAUUAUUGUUUUCUGUUGGUGUUGCCAAUGUCCCUGUAAGACACUACAAACAUAAGUACGGACUGCUUAUGAUCUGUAUGAAACACUGUGUGAAAGUCUGGCAGCUGAAAUGUCAGUCAAAACGUCAAGCUUAGAUUUCAACUGGGUGAAAUAUUAACGGGACUUUUCAGGUUUUGUGUGAUUUACUCUGAAUCACCGCAUAGAUGAGUGUCUCUUUCACACAACAUCAAAAUACAAGUACUCAGUGACAAACUUUGUUUGGAAUGCCUUUAAGCUACCAAAGAUAAAAAGCCUUAACACCAUAGACAUGCAUGGAUCCUUUACGUUAUUUAAAAUGAGACAUAAAUAUUAAACACUUCUAUUUACUGUAUGUUCCGAGUUCAUGUAUAAAGAAAUUCUAAAAAGGGUUUUCAGGAAAAAUGUUUUUUUUUUUUUCAAUUACAUACUAGCGUGUUUCUUUUUUUUUAGUAAAUUUUGUGUAUUUUAUUUUUUGAUCAAAAUUGUACAAUAUUUAAGUCAAACUGGCACUAUUAUUUUGCAGUAUUAUUUCAUAGCUUGAUGCAGCACCAGUACUGAUUUUUAAAGCAUCCUUUAAUGCUGGAUUUGUUUUAUUUGCUGGAAAUUGUAUGCAAAAAAAAAGAGAUUCUAUGCCAAACAUGAGUAGAUACGUAUAUAAAUAUGCACACCAACUACACUCUUGUUGUGAUCAGUAGCUGGGCUGUUCAGGUGAUGGAGGCGCUGAAUCUUCACUCACACUAUUUAUAAAGCAGUUGUCACUGUGUUCAUAGUUAAAGAUAAUCUGCUCUUUAAAGCUUUACAUUGAUGAACAAGAAACAAUAUCUUCUCAAAGCCAAAGUUGCUCUGGUGAUUUGAAUGGCAAAGCUAAUAUAUGUGCCUUUAUCAAAAUACAAACUCUAUGCUGAGUGUUUAUUUGUGCUUCCUUUCCAAUUGGUUUACUGUGUUGUCCUGGUCAGAAUGCCAGUGUCACUUUGAGAUUGUUUUGCACAAAGAACUUAAAGAGGAGUAAUUUAUCUCAGUGUUAACCCUUUGAAUCUGCCAAAUUGAUUCAUGAUUAAUUUAUAAUAUGCCAAUCUGAUGAUUCAUUUGGCAUUGGACUACUUCAAAUCAAAAAGUUAUAAUGAGGACCAUGAACAGCUGGCAGUUUGACAUGUAUAUAAUUCUAAUGAUGAAGAAAAGAACGUAUGCAUUUGCUGUUAUUUGUGACUUGAAUAUUUAAGUUGGAAAUCAUGAUAUAUUGUGUAAAUGUUUUGUUUUCAGUCUCUUGUUCAAAUAUGAAGAAUUUAGUCACUGUUUCUCAUAAUCAGAACUGUUAUUCAUAAAACAAAUGUAUGCUGUUUUAAUAUUUCACUGUUGGUUUUUGUAGCUGACAAUCUGCAAGCUGUGCUAUGAGGUGAAAAGCCAUUUAUCAGUAAAGCAUUAUCUGUCCUUUUUGACAUUUUAGUUCUAGAGCUGUUCUGGGUGAUCAAAUGAUCAAUGAUUAUGCCUUGAACUUUAUCUGUGUAUUUCUUUACAAUUAAGUUGAUUUUAUGCAUGGUUAUUUUGGAUGUGGAUAUGAAUCCAAGUGUGUUUUUUCUGUACUGCUAAUGUACCAGAAAUGUACUCCGUUUUUCAUACUUUAUUCGAACUGUUGUCAACCAAAUAAACUAUUGAAUACACCAGA